CAAAGUCCUGUCUGGGAGGUUCACAAGGUUUUAUAAUGGAGGAAAGAGGUUAUUUGAACAGUUUCAGAUUGACCAUCUGCAGUUCAGCAGCGCCGCCUGCUGGUGAUUAUAAAAAUAACAGCAGUGCUUGUGUUUGUACACUAGCUGGUAAAAGGUUCAAUAUGUACUCAGUAAGUGCAGUUCUAAAAAUUAUUGUUUGAAGCAGAAUAGUUUUAUAUUAUUACCUUCUUGAAUUAACCAUAUAGACUUGGGACAAAUAUCUGGCUUGUUAAAGUAUUAAAAUGACACCAAUGUCAGGGAGUUAAAACAGAUAUCUAUUUAUUAUACUGUUUUUUUCUUACUCAGCUUCCUUAUGAUACUGUUAGAGAUAAUUAGAUAAUGUUACUAUAAACACUGACAGCAAAUCACACCAUAAAACUGGGAAUAAGUCACACCCUGCGGAUAUAAAGCUUCCAGCAGAGAGAAAUAGAAACUAAACUGUUCUCAUACUACAUGCGUGAAAUGGCAGAUUCCAGUAUUUCAGUGUAUCAGGAUCAGUUCGUCUGUCCCGUGUGUUUGGAUCUCCUGAAGGAUCCGGUGACCAUCCCAUGUGGACACAGUUACUGUAUGAACUGUAUUACAGGUUACUGGAAUCAGGAUGAUCAGAUGGGAAUCUGCAGCUGUCCACAGUGCAGACGGAUCUUCACGCCGAGGCCUGCUUUAGGUAAGAACGUGUUGAUUUCUGAAAUGAUGGUGAAGCUGAAGAAGACACAACUCCAAACGGCUGUUCCUGGAGACGUGCAGUGUGACGUUUGCACUGGAGAGAAACACAAAGCGGUCAAGUCCUGUCUGGUGUGUCUGAACUCGUACUGUCAAACUCAUUUUGAGCAUCAUGAGGAGUUUCACCCUGGUAAACGACACAAGGUGAUCGAAGCUACUGGACGACUGCAGGAGAUGAUCUGCCCAAAACACGAUAAGCUUCUGGAGGUUUUCUGUCGUACCGACAAGAAAUGUAUUUGUAUUCUGUGUACGCUGGAUGAACACAGAAAUCAUGACACCGUAUCAGCUGCAGAAGAAAUGACAACGUUGCAGGGCAAUUCAGGGGAGAUGCAGAGAAGAUUCCAGCAGAACAUCCAGCAGAGAGAGCGAGAGCUUCAGGAGCUGAGAGAGGCUGUGGAGUCUCAUAAGCGAUCUGCACAGGCAGCAGUGGAGGACAGUGAGAGGAUCUUCACUGAGCUCAUUCACUCUAUUGAGAGAAGCCGAUCUGAGCUGACGCAGAUGAUCAGAGAUCACGAAAGAGCUUCAGUGAGUCGACUGGAACAACUCCUGGAGCGACUGAAGCAGGAGAUUGCUGAUCUGAGGACAGGAGAGGCUGAGCUGGAGAAGCUUUCACACACAGACAAUCACAUCACUUUCCUCCAGGGUUUCCAAUCCCUCUCUCUCCCUGGAUCGUCAAAAUUACCCAGAAUCAUCAUCAGUUCUCUCGUUUCUUUUGAUGACUUUGGGAAAUCUGUAUCUAGAUUCAGAGACAAAAUGAACCAGUACUGCCUACAGCAGAUACAGAACAUAGCUGUGAAACACAUUCAGAUCAUUCUUGGUCCUGAAUAUGAGACCAGAGAGGAAUACCUCAGAUAUUUCCGUCGGUUCACUCUGGAUCCAAACACAACACAUAACGACCUCCUUCUGUCUGAUGGGAACACAGCGAUUACUAGCACUCGUACGGUACAGCUGGAUCCCGAUCAUCCGGACACAUUUGAUCAGUGGGUUCAGGUGUUGUGUAGAGAGAGAGUGUCUGGACGCUGUUACUGGGAGGUCGACUGGGGUCGUAGUGAAGGUGUUGGUGUAUCAGUAUCUUGCAGGAGCUUCAGUCAGAAGGGACACGGUGACGAGUGUAGAUUCGGAUGUACUGAUCAGUCUUGGAAAUUAUUCUGCUCUCCCUCCAGAUGCUUAUUCAGGAACAAAAGCAUAGAGACGGAACUCCCUGGAGUGUCCAGCUCUAGAAUAGGAGUGUUUGUGGAUCACAGCGCAGGGAUUCUGUCCUUCUACAGCGUCUCUGACACAAUGAGCCUCAUUCACAGAGUCCACACUACAUUCACUCAGCCUCUCAAUCCUGGGAUUUUAUUAGGUAAACACACAAAUACAGUGAAAUUGUGUCACCUAAGAGAUUCGGUGAAAUAUUGCCAAAUAUGAGCUCAUUGUAUAGUGUAAGAAAACUGAUAAUUAUUGACUUUUAUACCACGUUUCAGUCUUUUAUAGAACAUUUAUAGGCCAUAUUGGAUUUAACAUGGAUCGUCUUACAGUAUAAAAAGGUCGUAGAUCACGUAAUUUUCACAACUCACAACUUUCAAAGCUAUUUUAUGGAGUUUUUGUUCUCCAGUGUUGGGGUAACACAUGACAAGUAAUCCGAGUUACGUGAUCGGAUUACUUUUUUCGAGUAAUUAGUAAAUAAACACAUUUUAAAUUUACAACAAAGUUACUUUUUCAAAUAAGUAACACAAGUUACUUUGUUUUUGAAGUUGAUAUCACAAAAAUUUAAGUUCCUAUGAGAUUUUGUUUAGGCGCUGUACCAAAAAUAGCCACCGGAUGUCACCGACAUUCUAUUGAAAUUUUUUUUUAUGCAUUCUCCUGUUACAAAUUGAUACAUUUCUGUCCAAAUAUCACUUCUAUCACAAAACAGUUGGCAAAUAUGGAACCUUGAGAUGUGAAUGCUAAAUGUGAGCAUGCAUUUACUCAUCUCACUUGCACAAAAACAGAUUCAGUAUUCCUCAAAAUGAAUAAAAACAGUGAAAUGCAAACUCAGAAUGUUACGCAAACCUGCAAUAAUUAAAUAUGUUAAAUAACACAAAUAUACUUUAUGUAUUUAAUCUCACUUUAUUAACCAAAGUCUUUGCUGCUGACCUUCAAUGAUCUAAUUCAACCAUACUAAUAAGCAAAAAUGACUUUAGAUAAACAUCACAUUUGUGUUUUUUUGUUUUGUUUUGUUUUUAUUGCUAAAGUAAGAGUGUUGAACUUUCUUCUCCUGUCCUAUUCUGCGAUUCAGCAGGUGAAAGGUUUGUUUGAGCUGCGCCCUCUAUUGUACAGGCGUGAAUAUGCAUUUCCUUCAGCUUGAGGCUUAUUCAUUUCACUUUUGGUGUAAAAGGGCCUUUACAUUUGCCAAAAACAGAACUUUUUUUGUUGUUGUUAUUUAAAGGGUUAGUUCACCCAAAAAUGAAACUUCUGCCAUUAAUUACUCACCCUCAUGUCGUUCCACACCUGUAAGACCUUC